AUGAAAUAUAUUUUCGCAGCAUUUGUAGUUUUACUCGCUAUCGCAUACGUCCCUUAUAGCGAAGCAGCUUGUGCUGCUCAAGCAAACCUAGAUUCAUGUGUCUCAACUGAAAAAGCCGCUGUGAGUACUUGUAGUGCUGCUGAUUACGGUUGCCUCUGUGAGAAAUAUCAGGCAUUGCUCACUUGUUAUGCACAAUGUCCCAGCGACCCAACAUCCCAAUCUACUGCUAAUGGUGUGCAGGGAUCAUUGGAUUCUUAUUGUAAUGCCGCCAGUGCCACAUCAUCGCAUACAUCCACUACAACCACUUCAUCUUCAACUGGCACUACGUCAGCCACUUCCGCCGCCGCAACCACUACUAAAGCUAGUUCCACUGGCUCAUCUGAAAGUGCCACACCAUCUUCAACAAAAAAUGUUGCAACCAAUCUCGACAGUAAUCACCUUUGGGGUGCAUUCUGCUUUGUUACCACUUUUAUCUCCUUAUUAUUGUUCUAA